AUGGAUAGAAAUGCCUUUCACAUAUUAGCUACCUUAGCCAAGGAUGUUGGAGGGUUGACGGAUAGUACAAAUAUGUCCAGUAGUGAAAAGUUAGCAAUGUUCUUAACUAUUUUGGCUCAUCACGAGAAGAACAGGUCUAUCAAGGUUGAUUAUAUUAGAUCAGGGUGGAGUGUAAGUCAAGCCUUCAAUGAAUGUCUAAGAGUUAUUCUCAAACUAACUCCAUUGUUACUUGUUAAACCUAAUCCGGUGCUGGAAGAUGAGACUAAUGACCGAUGGAGAUGGUUUAAGGGUUGUCUAGGUGCAUUUGAUGGUACUUACAUUCCCAUUAGAGUUUCAUCUAUACAUAAACCAAGAUACAGGACACGAAAAGGAGAUAUAGCAACUAAUGUAUUGGCGGUUUGUGAUAAAAAUCUCAACUUUAUCUAUGUAUUACCUGGUUGGGAGGGAUCGGCCAUUGAUGGUCGUGUAUUGCGAGAUGCAGUUGUACGAAGGAAUGAGCUCUUUAAUAUGAAGCAUGCUAGAGCGCGCAAUGUUAUUGAAAGAGCAUUUGGUAUACUGAAAGGACGUUGGAGAAUUCUCCUUCAUGAGAUGAAUGUCGACCCCUUAGACGGGCAAAUGGAAAACCAUAGGGAGCAUCAACAUGAAAAUGAAAAUAUUAUUACUGUUGAACCAUCUGAUGAGUGGACCACUUGGAGGGAUGAGUUAGCUCAGUCUAUGUGGAAUGAAAGAUCUCGCAAUUAA